AGAUUAAAUCAAAUAUUUGAAAAUGAAACUUUAAGAUCUUUUCAGGGUUAUAGAUCACAUGAGCAGUCUCUCAGAGACUGUCAUCUACAUUAUUUCAGUGUGGAAAAACAAUGUGAUGUGUUGGUUCCUGUUCUGUUAAUGACGAUCAUAUACUUUGUGUUAAGGAGGCUUACUUGGACCUAGGGAGUGAAAGCUUGAGAGUGGACAUGCCUGGGAUCAGGGGAACCAAGGACAGUGCUAUGGUGGCAUCAAAGAAUGACAGUCAAUCUGUGGAAAUGGGAACCAAGGAAAGUGCUAUGUUGGCAUCAAAGAAUGACAGUCAAUCUGUGGAAAUGGGUAUUCCCAUCCCAGACGUUGAAGUAGGAACUGCAGUCAAACAUGAUCUGAAUCCUGAUUCUACAUCUGAGUUCACAAUGCAGAAGAAAAUUGACACUUGUGCAAAGACCUGCGAGGUGUAUGUGAUAGACAGUGAUGGUAAAAUUGUUAUCAAGACAGAAUCUGGAGCAGAAAACACUGUUGUUGCCAGUGAUUCAUUCAUUAUUACAAGGAACGACGACGACGAGGAUGAUGAUGACGAUGACGACGACGACGAUGACGAUGACGAUGAUGAUGGAGAGAAGAUGAGGAAGAGGAUGCGGAUGGCAACAGACAUGGUGCCAUAGAGUCAGAUCCAGGUGGAUAUGGUGAUGUAAACCC